CUCCGAGGUCGACUAUUCAGGGUUGUUUUUUUUACGAACCCAUUUUGAUCACCUCUCGUUUCUCACCAAGUCAAAUUCAAAAAAAAAAAAAAAAAGGCAGCCGGAGACGACGUCGUAACCCAAUGGGCUCAUGGCACGCACGCAGAGGCCGUGUGAGCUGUCGCUUGCCCGCUUCACCUCGCUCUCAUCUCGCUCUCAUCCCAUCCCCCUCGACACAGGCAUUCAUGCGACAAAUCCCGACGGUCGAGGCGACAGCCAAUUUGGGGCCUACGCAGGCAGCCCAAGCUACCCCCAACGUGGCGCACGUAAGAUUGGACCGCCCUACUCUCCGUCUUCAGCCUGCGUUACAUACGCAAGUGCCCCGAAGCAACGUGAUAUGCCCACCACGUACAUAAGUAGGAUGGAUUGCAUACAUAUCUAACUAGACUAGUACCUGUCAUGGGGAGGGGAAGACAGAGACGAGGACCCGGUGGAUAUGACAUGAUAGGGUGAUAGCGGGCGAUGGAGCGUGAGAGCUAGAAUAGACGCAAACAGCCGGGGCAGGAUGGCACAUACCUACACGUACAUGGCGGGUAUUUCACCCACAAGGGCCAAUCCCUCGAUGGGCUUGCCACGAUAGUGUUCCCGAAGAUCUGGCACCGCAGCCUUUUCUUAGCAGCUAACUGGGUUUCUCCAUAGCCCGAUGUGGGCCAACUGGGGAGGCUGUUGGUGUGUGUGUGUCUGACCUAGGCCGGCCAGCGUGAUGCGACCUGAACGGUGCCUAUCCCUACGUUUUAGCCUCUGCUUCUGUCCUCUCUCUGUGCGUGUGUCCCUCCUCGGCCGCCUUCUACUGGUCGUUGUUAGGCUCGCUCGGCACGCCGAGUCCGCGGCAGGGCUGCUUGCGAUUCAUCAAUGGGAAACCCGAGUGGCGCGAGAGCGGGACUUGUUAGUUGGACUCCUCGACUUACGGGUUGUAUUGCUUCGCUGUCCAUCACGAGACCCGAUGGGGAAACGCGUAAGGGCAAGGUUCGAACAGGCUCUCUUAACGAGCCAACUGUUUCCAUCCUCGAAUCCAUGGUCGACAGUAGCAGGCUUGGGACAGAUCGUCUCUGGACUUCCCGUUCUUAGCCCUUAUGCCCAUCGGCAGCCAACUAGCGCACGCGGAAACGUCUCUAUUCACUUUGAAUUCCUCGAAUCUGCCCCGGCUUUGCUGUUGGUGUUACUGAUGAAGCUGUAUAUGACAGAUAAAUGGUCAGAGCGUCUUAGACUUUUGCUUGCCUCUUACUCUUCUCAGCCUUUCUUGCCUUGGUCUUUGGGGGCUUCCUUUUCAGCUAGUUUGAGUAGUCCGUACAUACCUAGUCACUGACACUGCCGGCGAUACUGGUUGGUUGGCCGGCGCCCAGAACCGCGACAUCGGGCGGGAAGAAAAGAAAAAUUUGGCGUUUCAAAUCGCCUAGAGUUAGUCCUAGAGAAGAUGCCGUGGGCUUUUAAUUCUAUGAGGUUUCUAAACAAGUAGAAGCCGCAACGCACCUCACACAACUGAUAGCAAGGCAAGCGGCCUUGCCUUCAUACUAUAUGUUACAAAUGAUAUAUAUAUAUACUAUACAUCGUACGCCUACUCAUAAGACCUACAUCGUGUAACCGGGAUGGGAAUACGCUGGCCUUGGAAUCACCGCCCAUCUUGUGAGAAGAGGACCCGAGGAUAUGAACCCCCCGCCAUCAUCACCUCCUCCCCUUCUCGCAUCCCUGCUUAGCUUGUGGCCUGAAGCCCGGGGUCGGGCUUGUGGGAGAUCACGUUUUCCAGAACGCCCAGCUCCCUGGCCUGCGUUGUUUACCAAGACGUGCAUAGGCGCC